AUGAAAUCUAGUACAAUCACAUUACUUGAAGUAGUGGAAAUGGGAGGAGCUGCACCAGAGGGGACGGAGGGUGAUGAGCCCAUGGAAUUAACCAAAGACAUUGAUGAUGCCACACUGCGUGCCCCAGGACCAAACCGAGGUUGGUUGUGUGCAUACAUGGCACAGAUGAAUCCCCUAUUUGGCCCCCAGAUUGGUAAUGCGACACUUCUGGUGAUGAAGAGGGAAUGGGGAGGAGGAAAAAUGGACGUCUCUCAGCCGCGGGUUCGCGGCCGAAGGCUUCAGGUGAUCCGGGAAACCAUGUCCUGA